CAGGACAUGCAUAUAAAGAGAAACGCUCCACUCACGCCAUGGUCCACUGCGAGGAGGAACUGUGCGCGGCAUUCGGGUGCUGAAAUUAUCUACCAUUCUGCUUGGAGACCGAUUAAAAAAAUACAAUAAUGUCAAUUAAUCACAAACGUUCAGGAAAACUCGCUUAACAGCACCGUUUACUCAGGGAACGUUAUUUAUAGUGUUUUGAACAAACGUUUCUCUCAAGUUCGAUUGAUAGAAGUAUCCAGUUAGGUCUCUUUACAGAAAGGCGCGAUGGCUUUCAUGGUGAAACACAUGAUUGGCGGGCAGCUGAAGGAUCUAACUGGGGGCAUCGCGGAGGAGAAGCCAGAGGGAGAAAAGUCCGAGGCCGCGGCGAAAGGGAUGACCCAAGAAGAGUUCGAGCAGUACCAGGAGCAACUGGCAGAGGAAAAGCAGGAGAGAGAUGACAGUUUUGCCCAGAAGAAAGCCGAGCGUGCCACCAUCCGAACUCACUUCAGGGAAAAGUACCGGCUGCCAAAGAGCGAACUGGACGCCACUCAGAUCCAGCAGGCGGGAGACGAUGUCGAGCUGCCCACGGAGCUGGCCAAGAUGAUCGCCGAGGACAACCAGGAGGAGGAGCACAAGCAGUCGGUCCUGGGUCAGCUGACCAGCCUGCAGAACAUGGACCUGGACCAGCUUAAGGACAAGGCCCAGGCCACCGUGGACGACCUCAAGAAGACCGCCGACAAGUGUGAAGUCAUGUGAUCGAGAGAGAGAGGGUGGGGACAGGAAGUUCAGUGUCUAGAGAGGAGAGGAAGUCCAUGCGCUCAGUAUGUUUUAUAUGUAAACUGUCACGUGUGUGUGUGAGGAUUGAAUUGAUGUAGCAUUCUGUGUAAAUUCAUGUUACGUGUAACUUGGUGUAUAAAAUGUAAAACCCAUCUUCAACACGUUGUAAAGUAAAUUAUGUAAAAUAGAUGUGUGUAAACAUGAUAGGAUCAUGGCCAUUUAAAAGGAAACAAAGAAAAGUAUACAAUUUGUAAAUAUCACCCAAAACAUUCAAGUGGUUCCUGUUUUCCUGAAAUAAAAAUAUUAACUAUCA